AUGUUGAAUAUGCAAGGAGCUGAAGAGAGAGAGAUUGAAAGAGAGAUUUGUCCAGGUUGGGUGAACAAGCCUGCUCCAGAGCAGGAUGGCUCUGAAAUUGAUUUGUCAGGGAUAGCAUCAAAGAGAUCCCAAGAGGAUGAAUACCAGGAUCCUACAUUUGAAGAAAAAUAUGUAUGUGAGAGCAUGAAGGAAAACCCUCCCAGAGAGGUUCCUGGACCAUGCCUUUUCCAAGAAGGUUUUGGGGGAAUAACUUUCAUCCACAAAGAAGCACCUCCAGAAAUGAUUAGACAAGAAUAUAAUUUUGAGAGAAGCCUGCUUUUGACCUCAAGUCUUGUUACACAUCUCAGGGUUUCUACAGAAGAGAGCCUACAUCAGUGGGAGACAAGUAGCAUACACACCAAUGAAAUUUCAGACCAAAGUAAAUGUCUGACCCUCUCUACACAGAAAAAAUCUUGGAAAUAUAGUGAAUGUGGAAAAACUUUUAAUCAGAGCUCAUCCUUUACCCAGCAUCAGAGAACUCAUAUGAGACCCUACACAUCUGAGGAAUGUGGGAAAACUUUUAGCCGUAGUUCAUUCCUUGUUCGACAUCAAAGAAUUCAUACCGGAGUGAAACCAUAUGGAUAUGAGCAGUGUGGGAAAACUUUUUGAUGUCGAUCAUUUCUUACUCAGCAUCAGAGAAUCCACACUGGAGAAAAACCGUAUAAAUGUAAUGACUGUGGGAAUUCCUUCCGCAAUCAUUCACAUCUUACUGAACACCAGAGAAUUCACACUGGAGAGAAACCUUAUAAAUGUAAUAGAUGUGGGAAGGUGUUCAGUCAGAACACACACCUCAUUCAUCAUCAGAGAAUUCACACUGGUGAGAAACCUUAUUUAUGCAACGAAUGUGGCUCUUCUUUUCGUAAACACUCAAAUCUUACACAACAUCACAGAAUUUACACUGGAGAAAAACCCUAUAAGUGUAAGGAAUGUGGCAAAGCUUUUGCUCAGAGCACCCCACUCACUAAACAUCAGAGAAUUCAUACAGGGGAAAGACCCUACCAAUGCAGUGAAUGUGGUAAAGCUUUCAUUCAAAGCAUUUGUCUUAUUCAGCAUCAGAGAAGUCACACCGGAGAAAAACCCUAUAAAUGCAAUGAAUGUGGGAAGGGCUUUAACCAGAAUACCUGCCUCACUCAGCAUAUGAGAAUUCAUACUGGAGAGAAGCCCUAUAAAUGUCAAGAAUGUGGGAAAGCCUUUGCUCACAACACGUCUCUUACUGAACAUCAUAGAACUCACACUGGUGAGAAGCUCUAUAAGUAUAGUGAGUGUGAGAAAACCUUCUGCAAAUAUGAACACCUUAGUGAACAUUACAGAAUUCACACUGGUGUGAAGACUUAUGAGUACAUUGAAUGUGGAAAAUUCUUCAGACAUAGUUCAGUCCUUUUCAGACAUCAGAAACUUCACAGUGGUGAAUAA